AUGGAGAAGCUGGCAAAGAUGCUGUCAGGGGGAAACCAGCCUGGGAUGGGCCUCCCCGAGCGCCUCGCCAAGCCACCCUCUGGUGUGACUGGAGACAGCCAGAAUGGUUUCACCAAGGACAAGUCCUGCCUCACCAACCUGGUGGCUUUCUACGAUGGCGUGACCAGACCAGUGGACAAGGGAAGAGCUACGGAUGUGAUCCAUCUGGACCUCUCCGAGGAAUGUGGUUGCAAUUUCAGGGUGGAAGAGUUACGGAGGCGGCGGCGAGCGAGCUACGACCACGUGGGAAUUCAACGUUGUUUCCACGACCGGGAAAAACCCAACCUUCAGGCGAUGCCGGCCAAGAAGGAGAAGAUUUCCAGCUCUGAAGUGAGUAAGAACCACCGCGCCGUGAGGUCAGCCAACGCCGCGCCGCCCGUGCGAAUUCAGGAACGAGGGAUCGGCGGCGGGCGGGAAAUUAUGCCCACUGAAAAUGGGUACUCCUUCCUGAGGAGCAAGGGUCAACCCUUGGCACCUCGAGCCAAGCGUUCAGCCACAGGUAUCUCACCACGGAAAGGACGCAGACCAAAGAAACCCUGUCCCACUUUCAAGGCUUUUUACAUCUCAGGAAACGCUGGGGGUUUCAACCAGCCCCCUCGAGCUUCAGAGUGCUACUGA